UAGUGAUUAUAUUAUGCUCUUUGGUUAUUUGUGCCUCUGAGAUACAGUGCUGUCGUUUGUACGUUACGUGUUGUUAUUUUGUGCAUUGUAUUGAAAUAACGAAGUGAAAUGAACCCUGUUCUUACUUUGUGAUACGAAUUUAUGCAGUCAAAAUGUUGCUCGGGCCACAAAAAUCUAAAGUCAGUGAGAACAAAUAUGCCAAACCAUACUGUCAGUGUUUCAAGAAACGUGAACCUGUGCCACGGAAGCAGGUGAACCCUUGUUCAUGUGGGGAGGACGUUGAAGUACGCGAAUGGAAAUGGCAGCAGCCCGAUGAAAGCCAGAGUUGGCUUGUGUUCGAAGACAACCAGAAGCAAGUCACAUUCCAUCCGUUCUACAGUUCCGGCACAGCUGCCGUGCGAGGAGACGCUGCUUUCAACAGGGACCAUCAUUAUUACUGGGAAAUCAAGAUGCUAACAGCCACAUAUGGCACUGAUAUUAUGGUAGGCAUCGGCACCGACAAAGUCAACAUCGCCGACAGCCGCUUCAGGUUCACGUCUCUCCUCGGCGAGGACGAACAUUCUUACGGCCUGUCGUACAAAGGUGCAGUGCAGCACGACGCGAAGAAGGCCGACAGCCCGGGGUUCUGUCGCGGCUCCAUAGUUGGCGUGCGCGUGGAUAUGUGGCAGGGCACACUGGAGUUCUACCUCAACAGGGAGCCGCAAGGCAUAUCAUUCUACAACCUCCGCCGCCAUCAAAACCUGUUCCCGAUGGUGUGCUCCACCGCAGCGCAGUCAACCAUGCGACUGAUAUACGCUGCAUCAUGGCGGGCGUCGUUACUGGUCGACGCAGCAAAGAUAUUGUCAGCUUCAGUCAGUGAGGAAGAACGAGCGAGGAUACCGCCGGGGCUGUGGAGGCUGUUGAGGCCGCAUUUCUGGAUGCUGAUGCCUACUGAAGCGCAGUCAAUCAUGCGACUGAUAUACGCUGCAUCAUGGCGGGCGUCGUUACUGGUCGACGCAGCAAAGAUAUUGUCAGCUUCAGUCAGUGAGGAAGAACGAGCGAGGAUGCAGUGUAAAAAAGGUUGUGGGCAUGCCCAUCUUGCCCACAACGGUGGAUCCGCGCCUGCGAGGAUACCGCCGGGGCUGUGGAGGCUGUUGAGGCCGCAUUUCUGGAUGCUGAUGCCUACUGAAGGUGAGUUGUCUAAUGUACUGGUCGACGUAGCUAUAACUAUAUCCAUGGUGUGUUCCACCGCAGCGCAGUCAAUCAUGCGAAUGAUAUACGCUGCAUCAUGGCGGGCGUCGUUACUGGUCGACGCAGGAAAGAUAUUGUCAGCUUCAGUCAGUGAGGAAGAACGAGCGAGGAUACCGCCGGGGCUGUGGAGGCUGUUGAGGCCGCAUUUCUGGAUGCUGAUGCCUACUGAAGAUUGCCUUCCCGACACAUCUCAACAAGAGUCUCCCAUGGACUUUGAGGAAGUCAGCGAUAGCGUGCUGAGCGCACUGUUUCCAAGCCCGUACAUGAACGGGUUGUACGUGGACAGCGUGCAGCCCGGCUACCGUCUCGUCGUAUGGGAGGACACCGGCAUCGUCAACUGAUAACCUAGAAUAAUAUAGUGUCUACUGAAAUCAGUACUAAUUCCUAAUGGUCCCAUUGUGGAUUUUAAAGUGAAAGGUGUGACGAGUUUAGUACAAUGCAGAACACAUCGUAUAGUACUGGAUCAACUGCAUGGCUUACAAUAUACCAACAUUAUAUAUAUCUAUAUGCGUGCUGCAUUACAUUACACAUGCGAUGUGAUUUGACCUUAAGUCUAAUCAUAUUUAAGCAUAGGUUGUAACUACUUACUUUAUUACUAAUAUCUUCCCUUCCCUUUGAGCAAUUAUGUUUUAUACCAUUAGGCCCUGGU